AUGGAAAUGGGAAAGAUCGUCGGGCUUGUAUCAUUAAUUGCUCUGUUAAUUGUGGGUGUACGUGUUGUUAUUCAAGGAUAUUGCCAAUGCUCUCUUGGCAAUAUUUCCGUCAGCCAAACCAAAACAGGAACAACGGUGCAAAACAAGCCAGAAUGGCAAGUGACCAUCUCUAACAAUUGCGCCUGCACCCAGUCUGAGUUGAAGCUGAGUUGCAAUGGAUUUCAGACGGUGGAAGAGGUGGAUUCUUCAGUUAUGACCCAAACAGGAGGAGAAUGCCUCAUUAACAAUGGCCAGCCAGUGGCUCCUUCUAGUAACCUCAGUUUUAAGUAUGCUUGGGAUACUCCGUUCCCCUUGAACCCCCUUUCUUCCCAAGUCAACUGUUCUUAACGCAUUCAUGUGUUAUCUGCUACUUUUCUAAGAAGGAAAUAAAAAUACAAUUUUACCCUUAACAAACGGGGUGGGAUUGGUUUGCAAUGGCACCUAGGGUCGGACCUUUUUUGCACUUUCCCUUGGUCAGAUGUCAUCAUAACAGCUCGGCUCCGACUUGGCCGCACUUAUAAUAAUUAUGGAGAUUAAUUAAUUGAUAAGCACUCUGGGGUAUAAUAAUUCUUUAAAAAAUAAUAAUCAAAAUCACCAUUUCUCAAAUCCUUGUUGCAUUAAAAAACCAAACCAUAUGUGACAAUAAAAUAUUCAUUUCAUUCUCAGGCCUUCACAAUUUUACAUAUAAGUACAAUUGGGGCAAAAAAAAAAAGUUUAUUUAUACAAGAACGAUGACAAAAUGAAAUGAAGAGGUCGACAUGUACAUGGUAUCAUUCACUUCAAAUCAACUAGAGAUAAAAUGGGUUUUGAAUUUAUAAAUAUUUUUUUUUUCAUUUAAUAAACAAGUUUUUUUUAGAUGAAAACAUGAUUGACAAAAUUUAAUAUCUUUCGUUAUUUGGUAAAAGAAUUUGGAUACGGCCAGUGCUUCAAUGUACUUUUUUU